AGAACCCUUUUAUUAUAAAUAUGGUAGGGUCAUUUUAAGAUAAGGAUCAUUUAUAUUUAAUAUUAGAUUAUCUGUCUGGAGGUGAUCUUAGAUAUCAUUUAUUAUUGAAUAAAACAUUUAGAGAAGAAUAGAUAAGUAUGUAUUUAAACACUAAUAGAAUUUUUUAUUGCUUGUAUAAUUCUUGGAUUAGAAUACAUUAACUAAUAUUAAGUUAUUCAUAGAGAUAUCAAGCCAGAAAACUUAGUUUUAGAUUGUAAAGGAUAUCUAAAAAUUACAGAUUUUGGGAUAGCGAGAAUUUAUAAAAAUGAAAAUAGUAAUGAGACUAGUGGUACACCUGGUUAUAUGGCACCUGAAAUAAUUCUCAAAUAAAAUUAUAAUUAUUCAGUUGAUUUUUAUGCAAUUGGUGUAAUAUGUUAUGAAAUGAUAACUGGAAAAAGACCAUAUCUUGGAAGAACAAAAAAAGAAAUACGUGAUGAAAUGUUAGGAAAAUAGGCAUAAUUAAAUGCAAAAGAACAUUUGUAAUAUUCUUUUAAUCUUAUUGAAUUUACUAAUAAAUUACUUAUGAGAAAAUAAUAAAAUCGUUUGGGUUAUUAAAAUGGAAUAAAAGAAUUAAAAAAUCAUAAAUUAUUUCAAUCAUUUUAAUGGGAGAAAUUGAUGAAUAAAACUAUGAUAGCUCCAUAUCAACCUAAAUAGGAAGAUAAAACAAGACCUUGUUAAAAAACAAGUGAUUCAUAAUAAACUUUAUUUAAUGAAUAACUUAAAUAACUUAAAUUUAAAGAAAUCCAAAUGCUUUUUGAUGGAUACACAUAUUUGAGUGAAGAAAAGAUUAUCUGA